AUGUUGGGUGGAGAUAGCAUAAUUGAGGUGAGCAACGACUUGGUCGCCUCUCACAUUAUCGACAUGCGUUUGCUUCAUGGGAACUGGAUGCACGUUUUUCGACGGAGACUGGGGCAUAUUCCAAUUUUGAACAUCAGCACUCGAGCUAGUCGACCUCACUGGCGACCUCUGGCAGUGCAGCGACAUGGCCGUUUUAGCUCUACCAAGUCAGGUCCAACCACAGAGCCUUCGCGCUCGUUUGAAUCUCAAGCGAUAGUUCUCCGAGACUAUCAGGAGGCCUGUAUUCAAUCCGUAUUAAAGUAUUUGGGCGAGGGUCACAAGCGCCUGGGAAUCUCGCUUGCGACUGGUGCUGGCAAAACGGUCAUCUUCACCGAGCUAAUUGGUCGCAUCCCGCCACGCAAUGAGAUAGGCGACAAGACUUUGAUUAUUGUGCAUCGAAGGGAGCUCGUGGAACAAGCAGCCCAACAUUGCCGCCUUGCAUACCCUGACCGAACCGUCGAGAUUGAGAUGGGCAAUAGCUUUGCUUCACGAGCCGCGGACAUCAUUGUCGCCUCUGUGCAGUCUCUGACGCGAGGAAAGAUAGAAAAGAGACUAGCAAAGUUCAAUCCGAAAAAAUUUAAAUUGGUGCUGGUGGACGAAGCGCACCACAUCGUCGCGGACUCCUACCGAGAAGUUCUGAGGCAUUUUGGAGUGGACAAGGUGUCUAAGGAUUCUCCAGCUCUCGUCGGCGUCUCCGCUACAUUUUCUCGGCACGACGGACUGAAACUGGGUGCUGCCAUCGAUCACAUUGUGUACCAUAAAGAUUACAUGGACAUGAUCGAGGAGAACUGGCUUGCCAAUGCGUUCUUUACCACGGUCCGAUCACAGGCAAACCUGUCCCAGGUGAAGGAUCACUCUGGGGACUUUGCUAUCCGCUCUCUUUCUGAGGCAGUCAACACGGAGGAUGUCAAUGAUAUCACCGUACGUGCAUGGCUUGCUAACGCGAAAGACCGCAAGUCCACGCUGGUAUUCUGCGUGGACGUUUCACACACACAAGACCUCGCGAAGACCUUCCGCCGCUACGGCAUCGAUGCGCGGUAUAUCACGGCAAGGACCCAAAAAAAAAGACGGAUAGAGCAGCUGCGCGCAUUCAGAAACCAAGAGUACCCCGUGCUGCUGAACUGCGGUCUUUUCACAGAAGGGACCGACAUCCCGAACAUCGACUGCGUCCUACUUGCCAGACCGACUCGGUCGCGGAACCUCCUCAUCCAGAUGAUCGGCCGAGGACUCAGAUUGCACCCCGGCAAGAAAGACUGCCAUAUCAUCGACAUGGUGGCAACCCUCAACACCGGCGUCCGCUCCACACCAACCCUAUUCGGCCUGCAUCCAGACGAAGUCCUGAAAAGAGCCAAAGCCAGUGAUCUGAAAGCCAGGCCGCUCAAAGGCACCGCAACCGGGACCUCAGCCGACGAAACAGACGGAUCGGCCCCCCGGGACGACUCAGACGUCAACCUAACAUUCACAAAAUACGACACAAUCUACGACCUAAUCGCCGACCUCAAAUCUGAAAAAGAAAAACAUAUUCGCUCGCUAAGCCAACACACCUGGGUCCGCGUCGGUGACGACCGCUACAUCCUCUCCGACGCCUCAGGCUGGCUCACAAUCGACAAGGAAGAAGACACAGGCCGAGUGUACAAACCCACGGCUACCGCCAACACAACCGACGACCCUUACAUCUUCACCGUCCGCCACGUCGCCAAAUACAAGAAACCCGAUGACGAAGUCACACAUACCCGUCCGCGGCUCAUCGCCACAGCCCCCGACUUCGAGACCGCCCUCCGCGCCGCAGACACAUUCGCGACCAAGAAGUUCGAGAAGAGAUACAUCUCGGUGCGGGAGAAGUGGCGGCAGCUCCCUGCAUCGGAGGCGCAGGUGAACUUCCUGAAUAAAGCGAAUAUCAGGAAGGGGUUGAUCCACGAGAGACAUCUUACCAGGGGCCAGGCGACGGAUCUGAUCGUAAAGUUGAAGUUCGGUGGGAAGAAGCGGUUUGAGGCGCGGAAGGCGGAGCGGCUUGCUGAGUGGCGGAAGCAACGUAAGGUUGCGGACUGGAGGAGACAGGGUGAGGUUCGGGUUGGGCCGGUCGAGACCUAG